UGGAGUAUGCAGGUCUUACUCUUCAUGAUAUUUUUGUUGCUUUACGUGAUCAUUGUAUCUGGAAAUAUUGUCAUUGUGACCUUAAUCAUCACUGACCCUCAUCUCCAUUCCCCCAUGUAUUUCUUUUGGGGCAAUCUGUCUUGUGAUAUGUGGCUUUUCUCAGUCACCACUCCUAAGAUGAUCAAAGACUUUCUCAGGGAGAGCAAAACCAUUUCCUUUGCAGAUUGCAUGUGCCAAAUCUUAUUUGCCCAUUUCAUUGCAGCAAGUGAGAUGGUGCUUCUAAUGUCCAUGGCCUAUGACCGCUAUGUGGCCAUCUGCAAACCACUUCAUUACUCCACCAUUAUGAGCCUGCAAAGGUGCACUGGGCUGGUGGUUUCUUCCUGGACUACUGGCUUUGUGCAUGCCAUGAGUCACCUGGCUGUGAUAGUGCAGUUGCCUUUCUGUGGCCCCAGGGAAAUAGACAGCUUCUUCUGUGAUAUGCCUCUGGUGAUCAAGUUGGCCUGCAUGGAUUCUUAUAAUUUAGACAUUUUAAUGAAUGUUGACUGUGGGUUUGUGGCUGUAACCUGCUUUAUCCUCUUGCUGAUAUCCUACACAUAUAUUAUUCUCAGUGUUUGCCAGAGAUCUAAAACUGGUGCAUCUAAAGCCCUGUCCACCUGCAGUGCCCACAUCACAGUUGUGGUGAUCUUUUUUGUGCCCUGUAUCUUCAUUUAUGUGUGGCCACUCAAUAUCACCUGGUUGGACAAAUUUCUUGCUGUGUUUUAUUCUGUUUUUACACCACUCCUCAAUCCAGCCAUUUAUACAUUAAGAAAUAAAGAGAUAAAAAAGGCUUUGAAAAGACUCAGGAGUUAUUAUGUAGGUUCCCAGGAACAGGCUUAA